GAUGCGAAGUGUUACCAUUCUUUUGACUUUGGCCAUUUUGGCAACCAUUCUGGUUAGGAGCAGCGAUGCUGCAGCCUGUACGACGGGUCAGGAUCCUGCUACGGAUGGCUGCACUGACUGCGCCGCGGAUCCAACACAUGCCGACUGCACGACAACAACAACAGCGGCGACGCCUGCAGCUGAAAGCUCAACGACAGCAGCAGCUGAAAGCGAAACGACUACAACAACUACAACCACGACCACCACCACCACGACCAGCUCUCUGGCUACACAAUUGGCUACGGCUAGGCGCAGGAACCGCAGACUCAGACGCAGAUAUAAUCGCAUGAUGGCAAGACAGCGCAGAGCGCAAAGAGCUCUGAGGCGUCAAGUUGCCAAUAGCCAGCGCCAACGGGUAAUGCAGAAUAACAACAGGAGGAACAGGAACAGGAACAUCAUGCGCAACAGACGUCGCAACAGGCUUGGUUAAGCAUCAAUUGUUGUAAAAACUAUUCUAAAUAAAUCACAUGUGCAGCUCAAAUA